AUGGCGCGUGACCCUGGGGUUGGGUCUCCUGGAAUCAGGACUCCAGGGCAACUGCUCAUUAAGGUUUUCCCAUUGCAUUACAGCUCCAAGUGCAUGAUGCAGCUGGCCACACUGUGCUUUUUUGUCUUUCCAGCAUCCCAGUGCAACGUCAGCCUGAAGAAGCAGAGGAGCCGAAGCAUCCUCAGUUCUUUCUUCUGCUGCUUCCGGGAUUAUAAUGUGGAGGCCCCACCAGGUAGCAGCCCCAGUGUGCUUCCGCCACUGGUGGAGGAGAAUGGUGGGCUUCAGAAGGGUGACCAGAGGCAGGUCAUUCCCAUACCAAGUCCACCAGCUAAAUACCUCCUUCCAGAGGUGACGGUGCUUGACUAUGGGAAGAAGUGUGUGGUCAUUGAUUUAGAUGAAACAUUGGUGCACAGUUCAUUUAAGCCUAUUAGUAAUGCUGAUUUUAUUGUUCCCGUUGAAAUCGAUGGAACUAUAAUCAG